UGGCCUCUCUCCCUCCUACACACACACACACACACACACACACACACACACACACACACACACACACAGAGCUGCUAGGAACCAUGACAGAAGAUGACGGAGACAGUUGUCGCGGAGGGACAAAUCAAGUUCAGAGACGGAAAAAAGUGGAAAACUCGCUUCGUCGUGCUCCAGAAGCCCUCUCCGGUCGCAGACUGUUUGUCUCUGCUGGUGUUUAAGGAGAAGAGGAGGGGGAAGGGGAGGGGCAGCAGCCACAAGGAGCGGCUCACUGUAACGCUGGAGGGGAUAUGUGGUGUGGAGCCUGGGCCUGGUUACGACGGGGUGUCUUACACCCUGUCCAUCCUCUGCCUGGCGCACACGCUGGUCCUGGGCUUCAACAGCCGAGACGCCCUGCUGGCCUGGGACGCACGCGUCUGCUGCAGCCUCGGCGAAGUCCACAGGUUCGGCGUCGCCGUGGAGCCGGGCACCCAGCUGGAGAGCGGCGCCGCCUGCCUCCACCUGUGCAACGGCCUCCUGGUCCUCGCUAGGGGUCUCCCCCCCGCCGUCAGCGGCCACUGGAAGCUGUCGGCCUUGCGCCGCUACGGCGCCGUCCCCAACGGCUUCGUGUUCGAGGGAGGGACUCGCUGUGGCGCCUGGGCUGGUGUUUUCGUUUUGUCCUGCUCUGAAGGAGAGCAAAUCAGCCUCCUGUUCGACUGCAUUGUCCGAGGCGUGGCCCCGAGCAGGGCCCAGCGCGGCCUCCGCCCCCCCCUGACAGAGUCCAACAGUGAUCCAGCUUUAACAGAGGAACGAAUCAGCCGUGAGGCCUCGGACCUGGAGAAAAGACUCAGCAGGUUGUCUCACUGCAGCCUAGCGAGCAGCACAGCCUCCACUUACAGCUGCAGCACAUCUGUUGCCGGGGACGACCGCAGCAGCAUCUCCAGCUCCUCCUCCAGCCACUCAGACACAAGCCACACAGCCAGGCUUCCUUUCUGGGUGGAUCCGUUAGCUAGAUCACGCAUCUCCUGUGACACGGCGUCCAGCUCCUCCACGCUCAAGCCUCUGACGUGUUCCGAUGACCAGCUUUAUGCCCCUGGUGGUCCCGAGACUCGUCCGUCCUCCGCCCACAUCCAUGCACGUGGUCUCCAUGACAGCGGGAGACAGAGCUCCUUAGACAGUGGUAUUGGGAUAGCGACAGGAAGCCAGUCGUCUUACUCAGGAAGCGUUUCCUCCUGUACGGGGAGUUUGGACAUGGCCAGCCAGGGAGCAGGGGAGGAGCUUAUUUCCACAGCUACACUAGCUACUCCAACUCCUUCAGCCACUUCUGUUCCUCCACCUUCCUCUCCUCCUCCACCUCCUCUUCCUCCCCCACUUCCCUUUAAACCAGAGCCCAGUCCUGCUACCUCCUCUUGCACCUAUGCCUCUAAACAGAGCACCUGUUCCUCUCGCAGGCAUAGUGAUGAGUACCAGAUCCCCAAUCUCCUCAGACUGUGGUACGACACCCCCAGGAGUCUGCUUCAGCCAAAAGCCCAAGAAGGCCAAUCUGAGCAUGGCAGGAAUAGCUGGUGCAACGGAGGAGGCGGCCGCAGUCAGGAACGGGGGUCGAGUGACAGCCUGGGAGGACUGAGCGGCCAGCAUCAGGCCGUGAUGCAGCGCCCGCUCUCCUGGGACAGCGAGAGGGAGCCCUCUGUGGACGGGGAACGGAGCUCCACACCCAGAGCCGGCCUGGAUUAUGGGAAAACACAGUGCACACACGAGCUGGACAACUACGUUACGCCAGAGCAGCUGCAGUUAGCGAAGGGCCGAGCCUCAUCAGGCGCCGCUCCGGGCGCGAGCGAAGCUGGAGAGGACAGUGGAGCUGCUGGUAGGAAGCUGUGGGCCCUGAAGAGGCUGCUGUCCUCUCGGCCGCCCUCUGCUCCCCCACCGCUGCCCGUCCUGAGGCCCACGCCAGCAUGUGGUGUGUUCCAGCUUCCCCUGGACUCCAGGCUCCACACUGGAGGCUCCGUUAAUUAUGUCAACGUUCCCAACAGCACCCUGCUGGCUAAAGCUCCUCACAGAGAGCUCCUCACAGAGCUGGAACUGCAGGAGCCCAGCUCAGCUCCAGCCCUCCGUGUGCACGCUGCCGUCGCAGGAGAGGGCUCCAGCAGGUACGCCCACCUCAACGUCGCUGCCAUGGAAACGGCCGGGCGAGUGGGGGCGGAGCACGCUCAGGGCAGGGAGGACAGACUGACUCAGCUGGAGAGCAGGCGGCGAGGGCCACCGCACUGACUCCAUGACACUUAAAGUCCUCGCUCGCUGCCAGUUCCCUGCGUCGCCAAGACGACGCCAGGCGCUAAAAGCACUUGGUCCUCAUACUUUGUUUUACAGAAAUUCCUGCAAUUCAUUCCAGUUAGAGUAAAUUGGGAAUAGGAACUGUCUGGUACGUCUCUUAUGCAGCUGGAUGUUGUUAGUACAAUGUUGUAUAUGUGUAGUUUGAUUUGUCCUCCGUCUACUUUAGUGCUGCCCUUCAUAGGAACUGUUUCCUCACUGCAGUCAUACACACACACAGGUACUAAUGAGGAUCAGGCACAAAUUUACGUACGUAUUUCUCCAGAAUUGAUCUCGUCUCAUGUUUGUGUCAUCAACAUUUUUGUUUAUGAAAACAGGGUCAGGUGGAAUCUUAGGGUGUAGCACCACAGUGAACGUUAGCUCAAAUUUAAAAGUCAGAAAUAUGUUUUUAUACUGUCCCUAAUGCUCAACAGCUAAAUAGUAUGUUUGCAUGGCAUUGUUACUUUUUUUCUCAUUUCUUUCUUAGACACUCUGCUUAGUUCGACUUCCUGUUUGGCUGGAGAACUGCUUGCAGCUAUCACUGGUACUGGUACGGUUUGUCUCAGGUUCACACAGAAUAUGAGCGCACAUGAUCCAGGCCCUCUCAUCACACUUACGUUUGACCGUCUCAGCUGGCUCGCCCAUCAUUCCACAUGGCAGCUUAAACGGAUCACAUUAAAAUAAGCAUCUUACAAUGUCAGACGUAAAUGACAUUAAUCCGGGCCCGUGUUUCUCGGCCAGAACAGGACUGAGUAAUCAGCCAAGCUGCAACACUAUUCAUCACAGUAAUCAAUGUCUCUGCUUCUGGUCUGCAAGAGGGCAGGAGCUGAUGAAUGGAAAAGCGCUGUGUGUUCCCAUUUCUCAUCGCUCUCUUGAUAUCAUCAGGACAAAUUGUCCAAUAUUUGAAGCUAAUUUAUUUUUAUGGUUUCUGUUUGGCACCAGAGACUCUGAGGAGGUGGGGGGAGGGGAGGGGUGUGUGUCAAAGAAUGAAUAAGAAAAGGUUUUACCAAGAGCAGCCUAUUAUUAUCACUGAAGGGACUGAUUCUCUUUACAGGAUGUGUAAAUAGUAACUUUUAUUUAUGGCAAGACAAUAAGAAUGAUGUGAAAUUAUAUUUUUAAAUACUGUUUCUACAUUGUUGGCUACUGUAUUAGUGAAUAUUAAAGAUUGCUGUUUCAGUGCUU